AUGGCUCUUCUUCGAUAUCUCACAGCCCAUUUGGCGGCAGGCUUAAUUGUCACUGGAGCCGUAUUGGCAAGUCCUUUCAGCAAUGCUGUCUAUGAUGUACACAUCGCCACCGGCUUCGUCUCAGAGUUUACGCAGAACAUUACAGCCCCGACGAAACAAAGUGCCCAGUGCCCGAAUUCCAGCCCAUCCGUGGGCGGUUCACCCCAGAUGGAGGACGAUGAGGACUGCCUUUUCCUCAAUGUCUAUGCCCCCGCCAAGGCGCAAAACCUGCCUGUCCUUGUUUGGAUUCAUGGUGGGGGCUACGGCUUGGGAAACAACGUUCAGGACAUGACCGAGAUUAUCAACGCAAACAACCAAGGCUUCCUUGUCGUCUCCAUCCAGUACCGUUUCGGCGCCUUUGGCUUCCUUGCUUCACAAGAAGUCAAGAAUAAGGGUGUUCUGUUUAUUUGCAAAUUUGGCGGCAAUCCACUAGCUGUCACUAUCGCGGGCGAGUCCGCUGGCGCCGGCUCCGUUAUGUACUACAACCUUGCCGUUAACGGAACUUUGGGUCUGCUUCUUUUCGACAAAUCCAUUGUCAACUCGCCCUACCUUCCAUUCUACAAAGAUUCGGCCACACUACAACAAGCUAACUACGUUGUUACUAACCAAGCUCUUUAUGGUUACUGGGCUUUCUACCCCGUCACCGACUACGCUUACAUUAUGAGUCUUGCCAGCCAACAGCUUGCCGAUAAGCAAGUGAACGGUAUGAAGCUUCUCGUUGGGUUCAAUGCUAACGAAGGCCCUCUGUUUGUGGAGUUUCCCAAGUUGUCCGCGACCCAAAUCAACUCCAUCCUCACCGCGAACCCCAACAGUAACCCAACUAACCGCGCGGGCCCCUUCUUUGAAACGAACGGUCUUUCCGGCGCCAACGCGCUGAACAUGUCUGGUGCCACCUUUGUCUGCCCAGCCUACUGGUUUGCCUCUAACCAAUCUAACGACUUCGUUCUUGCCUUCCGCCGUAUCUGGGGUAACUUCAUUAUUAUUGGCAAUCCGUCCAUUACUAGCCUGCUGGCUAACGGACGGUCAACGGGGAAUACAAGCCCAUAUCCUGUUGCGGUUUGGCCGGCUUGGACCGAGAGUGCUCCAAAGUUGGUACCGACGCAAUGGGGGUUUAAUAAUGCUAUGGAAGUUGUAGAUGCCGACUCUUGGGAGGGAGGGAGAGGGCAGAGGUGCACCUUCUGGAAGCAACUAGCUCCUAAUAUUCCGGCGUAG